CCCUGGCUCGACGCUCUUGCGCAUGCUCACUAGUUUAGGUUUUGUUUCUUGUACAGCAAAGCCUUCAUACGGGAGCUAGCUUUGCCCUGUCAUUGUAGUAAAACAAGCGUGUGUGGUCAGUCAACGAUACCACAGUCAUCUCUACUGCUGCAUAUUUGGUUUAAAGAAACCAGAAUAUGGAUGCUGACAAGUGCCAAGGAGAUUCCAACACAAUGUCUGGGGAGCUGGAGAGUAGCCUGGAAAAGAUGGAUGUGUCAGAAACCAAAGAGCAGGAGGAGCCCUCGGCUGUGGUGGAAGAACCCGAGCAUGUGGCAGUAAAUGGGCAUCCUACGGCAGAGCUGUCCCCCGUGAACAACAAACAAAAUGACGGUUUUCCAGAAGUGCCAGAAUCUGUGGUGCAAUCUGCAGAGACAAAGGCUGAGGAUACAUCGCUGAUGGAAACGGUUGAACAAGGCGUGCCAUCGCAUGUGUCUGAGAAGGCAGAGGAACCGGUUGGAACCGAAGCGCCUUCUGAGGCAGUGCCUGCUCAACCCCAACCCGUUGGUUCACCAGAGAAGGUCUCUGAAGCGCCUGAACAGGAGAUGCCAACCAAUGUUGCUGAGAUAGUGGAGGAACCUCUGGGGGCAAAAGAAAUGUCUGAAGUGGUUCCCACCCAACCUCAACUGGAUGGAUCCCCAGAAAAGGUCUCUUCAGCUCCUGAACAAUACAUACCCCAGGACACGUCUGAGAAGGUGGAAGAAUCUAUGGGCGCAGAAGAACUGUCCAAAGCUGUACUCACUCAAUGCCCACCUGCUGGGUCUCCAGAAGCGGUCUCUCCUCCUGAUGUAAUCACAAUGGGCACAGAAUUUGAAAAGCUCCAGCUUGAACAGCAGCUAUCAGUAGAGAGCGAUCCUGAACCAAAAGUGGAAGAGCUGGUGCCAGAACUGGUCGAUCAAACAUCACCUGACUCGGACAGAGUGGUGCCGUUAGUGGAAAUCCACAAAGAGGAGAUGCCAGCACCUACAGUAGAGGUUUUGAUGGACACGCCCAUAGAGGAGAUGGCUGUGGAGAAUGUGAUUGCAAUCGAGUCCCCAAAGGAGAAGGCAGUGGAAGAAUUUCCGUUGAAUACUAUAGAUGUCCAAAUGGCGAGUCCUGUUGAGAGUGAGUCAGGGAAGGACGAGUGUUCCAAGGAACUCGUGCAAGCUGAGUCAGCUGAGACUGUGCAGUCCGCUGAAGUGUCGGACACAAAGGUCGUGAAGGAAGAGGAACCCAAGAAACAAGCCGAGCCUGAUUUAACCGCGGCUGCUGCCGUGGACCAGAAUGAGCAGGAGGAAGCUAAUGUUGAUCAGCCCACCAAAGGGGGGGCCGAGGCCCCUGCUCCGGGCUCCCUGGCGUUCCCCCUCCUGGAACACGAGCAGACCAAAAUGGCCCUUCGUGCCUCUCGCACACUGGUUGUCCUCGGUGGCCUCCCUGGCAGUGGCAGAAGCUUCCUGGCACAAGCCAUCGCAGACUCCUAUCAGAACCUGUGCUCUGUCGUUCGGGCUGACGACCACGACGUCACGUCUGCAGAUGGCUUCAAGGCCCUGGAUGAGGCGGUGAUCGCCUGCUGUGUCCCGGCCACGGGCGCCUCGAUGGUGGUGCUGGACUACACCAACCAUAUCCACGAUCGCCUCGCCCGCCUGGCCCAAAUCGCCCAGCAGAACGGCCGGGUGGUUCUGUUCUUGGAGCCCCGUACCCAGUGGUGCCGGGACGCGGCAGAGUUGGCCAAGAGGACCAGCCGGGUACUCGACGAGGCCCAAAUGCAAGUCAUGAAAGUGGCGCUCGAAGAAGCCUGCAUCCCACUUUUCUUUGCGUGGUUCCUCCUCCAGGACAAGAUCAAGUGCACAGCCAUGGACUUUCUGAAGACCCUGGACAGCUUGGAUGCCUUCAAGAAGCACUUGGCUGACUUCCCUGUGGAAACUGAGAAGGAGGUGGACUUGGAACAGUACUUCAAAUCUAAUUGGUCCCUGCACUGCACCACCAAAUACUGUGGUAAUGGCAAGGCAAAGGGAGCAAAGGAAUACGCUGAACAGACGGCCGUUCAGGACAUGUACGGCACUGUGUCCGAGCUCUCUCUCACAGCCCUCUUUGUGACCCCACGCACCGUGGGGGCCCGGGUGUCCCUCUCCGAGGCCCAGCUGGCCCUGUGGCCGGCCGACGCCGAGAAGGAGGCGGAGGCCGACGUGCCCGGGGCUGGGGCCCUGCCGCCGGGAAGCAGGGCCCACAUCAGUCUGGGCUGUGCAGAGAAGGUACAGCCCGUCCAGACGGGCCUGGACCUGCUUGACAUCCUGGUCCUGCUGCAGUCCGGCCAGCAGGGGGAGCUGGUGGAGGAGAUGGAGCUGGGGUCCCUGGUCUACUUGGACAAGGGCCGGUGGCUGCUGACUCUAAGGGAGCCAAUCUCGGUCCAGGCCUGCUUCUCCAGCUUCUACAAGCCAAAAGAGGCAGACGAGACCAAACGAGAGCCUGAGAAGAAGAAGAAGGCAAAGUGUUCCAUUCUGUAAAGUGUGUCUGUUGGGGGUUGGUCAGGGUGACUGAGGUGUAAUUGGGGGUAGGUUCACUCUGAAGAGGAAUUGUGUGUGGGGCUUUUUAGGGUUUUUCGCUGCGACGACGCUAAAGAGAAAAGAAAAAACGACGACGAGCUGUGUGCCUUUUUCACUGUUGAUUUUGCACUGCAACCCAAAUUGCCUUCGAUACGUUUAGGUCAGGCUUAUCUGGUGUUGUCAAACAUAGCAGUGCCAGAGUUGCACAACUAUUGCCUAGUAGAUGCAGUUUUACACCAACAUAGUACCGCUUCACUCACACCCCUCAUGAGGUCUCUGAAACUUUAGCUUUCCAAUCUUUCUGGAAUACUCCUGUAUCUUACAGUUCAAGCGAUGCACUAGGUGUCUGCAAUGCAUGCGACUAAAAGGGUAAACCGUAGACAAAUCCUUGUAAUACAACCCGUUUUCCAAUAGGUAGCUUUGCAUCAUUGAUAUAAUCUGUAUCAAGUUGCUUAUUUUGUUGAUGUGUAGCUGUCAUUUCUGUAUUAGUGUGUGUCUUAGGAGAUCAUAAUGGAAGUAGAAUGUUGGUCUUGUCAUUAGUCCUGUUAGAAUGUGUGUUGUCUGUAGUGUGGUAACCUUGUUGAAUGUUUGCGCUGUGCUUCGUUGCAAGGGCAUAUGAAUUUUGUCAUUGGCUUCAACAACUUGCACUUAUUCUUUCAAUCUCUUAACCCACAUCGAUGCUGAGCAAUGUUUUGAAACCACAAUGCCGCAUAACUGAUGCAUUCCUUCCCCUGGAACACCCAAUUUAUUGUCUUCCCUUCAGUUUGAGUCUACUUUAAAUGACUGUACUUUUUGUAUGGCAAGUCUGGCUUGUGUAGCUCUUAUGAAUCACUAUUUUUGCACUUGUUUUGUACAUUUAAUAAAGGAAGUGCUUUGCUCCAAAGAAA